AUGUGUGUGUUGGCCGUUGUGUUGUGCUGCGCCUGCGGGUGUGCUAUGGCUGAAGGUGGACAGUCAAAUACGGAGAAGAACUACGAUAUUUAUGCGAGUAGUUGGGAAGGGUUUCCUGGUAAGGAUCCGAAACCAGAAAAUGCAGAUAUACGUAAUAGCGGUGGUAUCUGUGAGGGAGAAAAACAACUACAUGAGCAACGACAGCAAUCAUUAGGUGGUCAUGGUUCAGUAUCGGAAGAGAUAAAAAAUCAGGAGACUCUUCAUGAAGUGGCUGAUAUGAUCACUUCUUCUGAUCAUCUACCACAGAUAUCUUCUAAC